UCAUCUAAACAGAAACAUGUGGGUAUGAAUAAUAAAAAACACCCGCAUAAAAUGGAGAGAAGAUUGUUCGUACCUUAAAAAAUAUCCUCAGUUGCAUAUUGACCAGCGACAAGACACGAUGUCAAAAAUUAUAGUGACAAUUUUAGUUUAUGUGCUCAUGCAGAGCCUUCAAAAUGACGUCGAAGGAACUGAUGACAAUGGAUUUUGGCAGCUGAAUGAAACCACAGCUCCCGUGACACUUCCAAUUCCAAAACCAAUAAUUCUACUGAAAAAUGAAACUCGCCAAAACUCGACAAGGAAAUCCAGAAAUUUUUCAGGUCUGUCCUUCUGGACUGGCUUGGGGUUGGGCAGCAUCGCUGGAGCAGCAGCACUCGAUUCCACUCUCAAUCUACCAGGCAACUUCAACCGUAUCUCAAAAUUAGCAACAACGACAGAGGCACCUCCAAAUGAUUUAGAUCUCAGCUUUGGUUCAUCUGAAUUCCUUCCACUCCCGAACAUUUCCCCCUCCAGCAUUUCCAACCUCAAUUAUGCUUAUAUUAUUGCAAUGCGGACUAACGCGCUUUUGAACAAGACACUGAGGUCUGUGCAAGACGCCAUUAAAGAACUGAAGGGCCAGCUUGAUGAAAAGGUACGAGAAGAUGAGGAGCAGCUGAGCCAGUCCUCGGAGGAGGUGGUUCAGGUUGACGCUGCUAAUGAUGAUUACGUGGUUGUUAAUCGCACGACCCUACAGGACAUUGUGAAGGCUUCCAUUGCUGAAGAAAUUGCAAACAGCAAUGAAAUCCUUCUGAAACAAGUAAGUCGACAAGACCCAACUCGAAAACCCCCCGGUGGAGAUAAUGUCACCGAUCCAGCUCCCCCUACCACCGAAGUUACCACCGACAUGACCACGACACCAAUCCCAUCAUCAACUUGGCAAGACCCUAGUGGAUGGUACUAUGGAGGUCAGUCACAGAACAUCUCUGGAGUUGACCUAACGUCGGUUACCUACAGUCCUACAAUUCAAACAGUCUACCCUCCAUAUCCGCCCCUGUCGGAAAUUUACCCGGCUUCACCUCCAAUUUACGCACCUGUUGCCUUCCAGGAGCAUCAUCCUGACUAUUACGAGUCUUAUCCGACUUAUAAUGGUGGAUUCAAUGGCAUCAGUGAUUCCCACCCUUAUUAUAGUCAUUUUCCGAACUCUAGGAAAUUCUCGUUAAGGGAUAGUAAAGAUUUGGGAGGAUUCGUUCCUGUAAAAAAAGGAUAAGUAAUUUAUUCCAUGGGAAUUACUGCACAGACCCCCCCCCAAUUUUGUCUCAUUCAAGUAAAGUUUCGAUAGAAAUUAGGUUAGGUUAGGACACAUUUUGCGAUAUGAAAUUAUCAUGCACUACAGGAUAAUUUAAUUUUUUUUUAAUGACGAUUUUGGUAGAGGUUUUUUGAGGUCUUUAUCCUUCAGUAAAAUAAACGUCUGGAAAUUCGAGAAUUAUUUUCGUGGAGAGUGAAAUUAGUGAUAUGAGAGGAAAUUUACUUUUUUUCAUUCGACUGAAGGUGCUAUGAAUGAAGGGAAGUGAACGCUUUUGGUAAGAGAACAUUUUAUAGUGUUCAGGUAAUUUACGCACAAUAUUGCGAAAUUAUUCACAUCCGUUGGGAUAAUUUUUUGUAGAAUAUCGGAUAAAUUAGGAAAUUAGAGCUGAAAUUUCUACCACUUUCAGUGCAUUUUCACACCCAAACGCACAAACGAUCACUAUUUGUCUAGCACUUGUUCUGUAAUUUAAGGCCCGGUUGGAAUUGUUUGAAAAUCGAUACAUAACCUCAAACUGCGGUUAAAGAUUCCAGCCAAAAUAAUUAUUUGAUAGUUACCAAAUCCAAUUGCUGUUUGUUUAUUGUUUCUGUAGACUGGUAAUUAUGUUGAAUUCCAAUAAAACCAUUAUUUGA